AUGCCCUGCCCACUGCUUGUCCUGGGAGCGCUGGCGCUCAGCCUGGCAGGUGCCAUGGAGAUCCAGGUCCCGGAUGAGCCUGUGGUGGCCCUUUUUGGCCAAGAUGCCACCCUGCAUUGCUCUUUCUCCCCUGAGGCCAACUUCAGCCUUGAAGACCUGAGCCUCAUCUGGCAGCUGACAGACACCAAGCGCUUAGUCCACAGAUUCUCCGGUGGCCGGGACCAGCUGGAAGACCAGGGUGGGGUCUACACCAACCGUACAUCCCUCUUCUAUGACCAGCUGCCCCGGGGCAAUGUCUCACUGCUCCUGCGACGCGUGUUGAUCUCGGACGAGGGCAGCUUCACCUGCUUCGUCCGGGUCCGGGACUACAACAGCGCAGCUGUGACAUUGCAGGUGGCAGCACCCUACUCCAAGCCCAGUGUGAACCUGGAACCCAGCAAGGACUUGAAGCCAGGAGACCUGGCAGUCGUGACUUGCCACGCUUCCCGCGGCUACCCCGAGGCCAACGUCCUCUGGCAGGACAGCCAGGGCAACAACAUCACAGAGAACAUCACCACGUCCCAGGUGGCCAACGAGGAAGGUCUCUUUGAUGUGCACAGUGUCCUUCAGGUGCUGGUGGAGCCCAGCAUCACCUACUCCUGCCUGGUGCAAAACUUGGUGCUGCAGCAGCAUGCCCAUGCGUCUGUCACCAUCACGGGCCAGCACCUCACCUUCCCUGCCGCAGCUCUCUGGGUGACCGUGGGACUUGCCAUCUGCGUCGUGGGGCUGCUCAUUGUCCUGGCCUACGUGUGCCAAAAGAAAAUCCGGGAGAGCUGUGAGGAAGAGGAGGAAAACGCAGGGACAGAGGAGCAGGAUGAGGAGGGGGCAGAACCCAAGACAGCUCUGCAGCUACUGAAAACCGAGAGCAAAGAUGAUAACGAGCAAGAAAUUGAUUGA